AUGACGAUGGACAGCCCACAAGGCAUAGAUGGCAGCUAUACGCCCGCAUACCAUGACAAGGUCGCAGCCUACGUGCUGCCCAACGAUGCACCAGAGCACGUCCGCCUGGAGUACCAAUGCCGCCUCCUGCGCGACGUCUACGCGUCGCAUGGUCAGCAGUCAGAGUUCCAUGCCCCGCUUCCUGCGAGCGUCAAUAAUUUGCUAGACGUAGGCUGCGGCACGGGCGUGUGUUCUGACGCUGCGGCUGCCCGCUUCCCGCAAGCCCAUGUCUACGGGGUUGACCUGAGUCCCGUGCCCGGAGGUAUCAGGGAGAAGCGGCCGAACAUUCAGUAUCUGGUCGCGGACAUCCUCAAGGGGCCUGACGCUCUGAAUGCGGGUGGAGCACCUGGAAUCGGGGAGUACGACUUUGUCUUCUCCCGCUUGCUGGCGCUGGGCAUGAGCGACUGGCGCUCUUAUCUGAAGAUUGGUCACGAUCUGCUCCGCACGGGCGGCUGGAUGGAGGUGCACGACUUCAACUUCAUCGUUCUCGACGCAUCGGGCAAGGUUAUCUCUGACGAGUCCUCCGCGCCCGGCGAGGAGUUUGAGUGGCUCCGUCUUCUGCGUAUCGAGGCGUCGAAGACGGGUUUGGAUUUCGAGUCUGGCUUCAACGCACAGAGCUUGAUGCGCAACGCAGGCUUCGUGGCCAUUCAGACCUGGCGUUAUGACUGGUGGUUCGGCCCCAAGCAUGCCAGCAACCCUGCGGAGGAGAAACUCGGGCAGUACGUGUUGACCUGGAUGCUGCCGUUCUUCCAUCAUGUGAUCAAUAGGGUUAUGACUGGCAAGAUGAGUGAAGGUGAGAUUAGCGAGGUGCAGAGGAAAUGCAAGGAGAGCCUGCGGCAGCGGGAGGCGAGGUUUGUCUAUGCAGUCAGCGUUGGGAGAAAGGCUUAG